CUCACGGCCAGAUACCAUCUUCACUUCGUCCUACGCCUGCUCGCAGCUCAGCAAGCCCCAAGCAGGGAGACAGUGCCACCAUCAUGGCCACACCGACUCCGCCCACGCCUCCCAGCGGGUCUCCUGCCGUCGUGAUCCCACCUCCCAAGGCGGCUGCCCCUCUGCCUAAGCCCCCUCCUCGCCCAAUCCCAGCAGGCCUGCGACCUCUCCUCUACCUAGGCAUUCCACGCAGUGUCCUCACCUAUCGGCCCAAGCCCCCAUCGAGGAACACUUCCAUUUUUCUCGUCGUGACUACUUCCCUCGUCUCUCUGUGGUACUACGAUCGCAGGGAAUGCAAGAGGCUGAAACAGGAGUACAUCGAUCAAGUCAAGCACCUGGCUGCCGAGCCCCUAGCGCCGUACGAGUAUCCUCGCAAAGUACAGGUGUACGGAGCUCGAUCCCCGGGAGACGAGGACUAUGACAAGAGCAUUAUAUAUUUCAAGCGCUACGUCAAGCCCGUUCUGGUCGCUGCAGGAAUUGACUUUGAGAUUCUGAAUGGGAGGAGACAUGGGGGCUUGGGAAGGGAGCUACAGCAGCGCAUCUAUGCCAGGCGGCGGCAGUUGCUUGGAUUGGAGCCUUGGGGCUGUGAGGUCUCUACGGCUGGGUCAGGUCCGGUGUUGCCCACAUCGCCAGAUGCCAUUGCAGCUCAGACGGCAGCUAUGCAGGCCUUUGCACUCUCACCUCAGCAGCAGCUACAGAGGGAGCUGGACGGAGCAGUCGUCGUCCUUGGCAGGCCGGCGUACAAGGAGUAUAUGUGGGGACUUAGAGAGGGUUGGACGAAGGAACUGCCGCCCCAACGGCAGGACUUGGAUGAGCCUCUCGCCAACCGCCUCUCCGAUGAUGGGAGAUUCGAUGAAGUGCCAGAAGAGGGUUCGUCGAGGAUGGACACUGGAGCCACGGCCGCUCCCUCGACGUCGGCAUCGACAAGCUCCUUCUCCUCAGAUCUUCGUCCCGAUGCAGAGCUCGACGAGAUCGAGAGGCGCAAUAGAGCUCUGGAAGCAAGUGCAGAUGCAGACGAAGGAGCUCCUCUCCCUGCCUCUUCCCGGGGACCGAUGCCUAACCUCAUGUCCUCGUCUUCCUCCGGAUCCUCCUCUUCCCGCGGAGGCUCGAAGCCUGCUGCGCCCAAAGUAGACCCAGCUCUGCUCGCACCGCCUCAGCAGAUCCCAGCACAGCCGCCUCUCCUCUUUGUAGACUACGUCAACCUCGUCGGCUGGCGGCAGAUCCCCAAGCGCAUGGUAGGCUUCUUCUACCACCGAGAGCGUGUGAGGCAAGGAGGAGAAUACGGCGUACAGAUUGCCCUCUGUGACAAGUCCACAGCCAGGGAAUUCAAUGCAUCGCUCGAUCACGCGCUGGGUAGUGUGCGGGAGGAACCACCUCAGGGUGGAGAUCUGGACUGGGGUCUGGAGGGGGAGAGCACCUACCCGCCUCGUUUCCACAAGAUUCUCAAGCGUGUAGAAGACGAAAAGGAGAGCUACUACAAGGAGCUUCCGCGCCGUUUGCGAGAUACUCGCACCCUCGUUCGAGGUCAGAGGGAGCCUAGUCGAGUGGAAAAGAAUGAUCCGCCAAAGACGGAGGGGGAGUUGAGAGAGGAGAGGUUCAAGAGGGAGAAGGAUUGGCAGUCGGACGAGAUGGGAUAUGCGAUGCUCCGCACCGACGAGGGAGUGGCCUGGAGCGAGGCUUUCCGGGGUGCUUUGCGAGUCUUGAGGAGAGAGAGGGAGGACAAGGAGGCGGCACUGCAAGGUGAAGUGGUAUAAGCGAGGCUGCCGCCAAGGGAUCAGAUCUGCAUCACAUCAACACACUGCUCAUCACCGUCAUUGAUCAAUAAUGGAUAUUUUCACCAGUC